AAUUCCAAGCUGCGGGAUAUGGAUUAACGAAUGCAAGGCAGCACUCAUUUCCGAGAACAUUCGACAUACCGAUGAUGUAAGAAACUAGCCAACGUAAACAAAACCAAUCCAGCGUAAUUCUGGUUUGUUUUACCGGCAUUCUUAUUGCGCCUUAAUGAGGCUCAUUUUCCUGACCAGAAGCAUUUAGAUCGUAAAUCCCCGCGUUAAGAACAUUAUUCCUGUCAUUUCUUAACGAUCACGCCCCGGUUGUUGAUUCAACAGUGCCGACAGGAUUCGAGUUUCGUCAGAGGCAGACCAGAGCAUAUCGCCGACUCGUAGUAGUACAUCUUGGUACUUUUUGUAUUAAUUCAAACAAACCAGAAUCGGUAUCGUUUUACAAAUUCGCCGCCGGUGUCAUUCGAAUUCCGAAGAUCAUCCUAACGAGUGUUUAGUAUCACAACGUGCCGCAUUACCCUUUCCGCGUCAUCUAACCCGCUCGCCUGGCUGGAUCAACCAACACGCAGAUAUCUCGCUAAUACGGAGCGCGGCAUAGUUUUUGAUCCUAACCCUCAACUGUCAUAACCUUCCGUUGAUUUCCAAUGUAUAUGAUUGACUUGAACGUUUGUGCACCGCUAAACAUUUAUAAUCAUUCCGUGAAUUAUCGAUUUACCCCUGUUGCACCACACAUCCCACAAACCGCCAAACUGUACAGACAUAAACACUCCCAGUACAAGAAUACACGCAUUUUGUCCGCUCUUCAUCAACCCCAUUGCACCGGCAUCACUCCACUUUUUAUGACGGCUGUUCCCGUGUUUUGUACGAUUACAGAGUGGUAGUUUGAUCACGGAUUAUCGAUAUUUACCUUGUUAGUCAAUGGGAUGUAAUUCUCUGUCAGGCAACGUUAGUUGAGUGAUGUUUGCUGUGGAAUCUUGACGUUUUGAUGGGAGCUUUUCUCACUUACAUCUUGCGGUUGUUAUCAUGUACAGCAGCAUCAACGCCUCUUCGAAUCGGCGCUCCGUACGCAAACGGACAACACCCAAAGCUCAUUUUAUCCCGGUACAGCCGGCAGGACUAGAGAACAUUGAGGUUAAUUUGACCCGACGGGAGAGAUUUGUCAAUUACUGCCGGAUAUUUUAUCAUUGUCUCCGGAGAGUGCUCUUUGGCGUUUCCGAUGGUUAUGAUGGGGACUUCGAGGAUUUUGACGUCCAAGUAAUACACUACAAACCCAGUAAUCUGGAUGAUCUCUGCCAGUUGACGCACUACUCGCGUGAAGAAAUUCGUAUGAUCUAUCGUGGUUUCAAACAAGAAUGUCCGGCCGGUAUUGUGGACGAAGAAAGGUUUCGGGAACUAUAUUGCCAGUUUUUUCCUCUCGGAGAUGCGUCACCUUAUGCCAAAUUCGUUUUUUCGACCUUUGACCAAGACGAAGACGGGCAUGUAACCUUUGACCAAUUCAUUAUUGGAAUGUCGUUACUGGCGCGUGGCACGUUAACCCAAAAGCUGCAGUGGGUGUUCAAUCUGUAUGAUCUCAACGGUACCGGAAAGGUCAGCCGUGCCAACAUGAAGGAGAUUCUGAUGGCCAUGCAUUUGAUGCUGGGAUCUCAUUCUCAACCGUGCAUCGAUGAACAAUCAAUCAACACUCAAAUUGAUCAGAUAUUUGCCAAGUUGGAUCUUGACGCCGACGGUUCGAUAACCUUUGCCGAAUUCACGGAAGCGUGCCAGAAUGAUCCGCAGAUUGUCUCAGUUUUUGGAAAGUUUGAUACUGUGAUCAGCAGUUAGCACGCAACAUGCUCCACAGACACCAGUCAAUGGAUACUUGUGAACAUCAGAAUCUCUCUUCGUUAUUCCGUCGUUCGCACUCAGUUGUGAUGAAGCCAAGCGCUCAGGGAUUAGGUGCUACCUCGUCUGCUGCUGAUCCUCGGAUUAGUUGGAUACACUAGAGCACUAGCAGUUUUUACUUUAUGAGGCACGUUACACGGUUCGGAUACAAUGACGUUCUAAUAAUAAUUUUAAAUUCUGUUUAGACGCAGUUAUGCAAGUACCGAUUCUCAUAACCGAUAUCGGCCAAAUAUCAAGAGUUUGUACUUUGUGCUAAUUGAACACUUGCGCAACUGUCCUUCAAUAAUGUCUAAUGAGCAAAAAAUGCAUUACACUUGAUGGGCUUGAAACAAAUAUGCAUCACACCGUAAAUCAGCUUGUCCAGAAUUUUGUUUAAUUUACAAUAAA